AAAACCACCGAAAAGCUCACUCCAGCACAAUCCUCCACCUUGAUCCUCACCUACCUCCGCCGACAACCCAGCCGGCCCUACAGUGCGGUCGAUAUCAGCGCGAACCUGAAGAACCGCGUGACGAAAACCUCGGCGGCCAAAAUCCUCAAGGAUCUCCAUGAGCGGGGAGAGAUCGCGGGUUGUACGCAGGGGAAGCAGAGCGUCUAUCAUGCGCUGCAGGACUUUGAUCCCGCCUCCAUCGAGGAGCAAUUCGCCCAGCUCGACGCCGAGACGGAUUCCCUCCGCGAGGAAACGGCCAAGCUGAAGGCCGAAGAGAAAGACCUCCGCGCCCAACUCCGUUCUCCGACGACAUCUGCUGGCAACAACGGUCGUCACAAGAACAGCAUCGCGCAAACCCUCUCCAUUCCCGAUCUCCGCGUCGUCAUCGGCAGACUCGAGCAAGACAAGGUCGAUCUGGAGAAUCGUCUGAAGAGGUUGAAUGUGAAUGGAGCGGCGAAGGACGGAGGAGGACCGCCGCCGGUGGUGAGUGUGCGAGAGAGGGAGGAAAUCGUCGCGGAGUGGAAGACUUGGACGAAGAUCUCCCUCGCGAGGAGGAGGAUCCGCGAGGAGCUCUGGGCUGAGGUCCGGGAGAUUGUGGGA